UUACAAAAUGUUAUGUCAUAUUUAUAAUAAAUAAUAAUGGUGUUACUAUUAUUAGUUAUAAUCAUGCCAAGAAAAUGUUCAAUAGUUAAUUGUACCACAAAUUAUUUAACAUCAACUUCAGAAGAAAAGCUUCAUGUUCACAUGUUUCCAAGUGACACACAAAAGUUACAAUAUUUGUUGUCAUCUAUUCCAAAUGCGUUUGAAAAAGUAACUUCAAAUAUGGGUGUGUGUGAAAAACACUGGCCACCAGGCUGCAAAAUGUACAAGCCUCCUCGAUCAAAGUUUGAGGUUCCUGUUGAUCCCCCAUCUAUUUUUCCUGGAUGCACAUCUUCAAUGGUGCGCCAAACAGUCUCAACACAACCAAGAUCUACAAAUAUAAAUAAAAUUUCUUUAACAUCACGAAAUGCAAUACCUGAUGAAUUGGAUGAUUUCAAUUAAAUUGAUUUAAUUAGAUUUUAUGAUGUUAAAAUAAUGUUGUCUGAAAUAAAAGAAAGAUAUCCUCAAUACUUUGCAUUCAUUGAAAAUUCAAAAGUCAUAUUGUUUGAUGUUUCUCGAUCAUGUCUACCUGAAACAAUAUUUUCUGUUGAAAUUAACUGUCAUUCACAUCAAGUUAAUAUUUAUUGUAGGCAUACAAAAGUUAACUGCUAUGACCUGCUUAGUUUUUCUCAUUUUCUUACUCGGUGAUCACAGCUUGAAGCUAUUGUCAAAAGAGUUUGUUCCUCUAGUCCUGAAAUAAAAGAUGAGGUAUUAAGUUCGAUUAGUCAAAUUGAAAAUACAUACAGUGAUACUUCUGAAGAAAUUUCUUUCCUCAUUGAACAACUACGCCUCACCACUUAUUCUCCAAAUGGACUGCGCUUUUCUACUUUAUGUAUACGUCGUGCACUUGAACUGUAUUUGUCCUCCAGAUGUUGUUAUAAACAUUUAAGAAAUCUGCUUUGUUUGCCCAGUCCAGAAAUCUGCUUUGUUUGCCCAGACUCUCAUUUCAAAAUUAGGAAGAGUUGGAGUUGGAAAUGAAAAAGAGUGCAAUAAUACAAUCAAAGUUGUUUUUGAAAAUUUUAAUAGUUCUGAAAAGCGUUGCUGCCUUCUCUUUGAUGAGAUGUAUAUUAAACCAAGUAUUAGUUUCAGAGGAGGAUACCUCAUUGGAUAUAGUGAGGACAAUCCCGCUAAAAUUGCAAAAACGUUAUUAGUCUUUAUGAUUAAACCUAUGUUCGGUAAGUAUCAAUCAAACUAGGAUACACUGACUUG